AUGGAGUCUGCGCCCCUUAUCAGAGCCCAGGAGCACGUCCGCAACGCCUCCGCAGCGACGUAUGCCGGUGAUCUUGCACGCGCGGGGCAGGAACAUGAGCUUGCUGCUGCUGCCUUUCACGAAGCCUUGAGCUGCACGACCAACGCUGAGGCUCACGUUUACCAACAGUCCCUGCGCCUCAUCGCUCUUCUCGAAAACAAUCAUCGUACGCACGCCAGACGGGUUAAGGAACCCCCGCGCAAGGCAGAGAGGAAGAAACUCGAGGCCGCAAGUGGAUCUACAGAGUCUACCACCGCUUCACCACCGCCAAAGAACCCAACGGGUCGAGCUGCCUCACCGCCUGCAUCGACUACGUCCCCAACACGUACGCCAUCCCGUCGCCGCCUGCCACAGUCGUCCAUCGCAAGCAAUCUAGCCGAAGCGCGUGGCAUAGGUCCGCGUCGAGGUACACCCAGUAAUGCCUCAGUCUCUGUUACAAAUGCGUUGGCUGGUCGCAAUGAGCAUGCGUCUACACCAGUGCGGGACAUGCUCUCGCGGAAAGCAGAAGCCAGCAAGCGGAACGAAUCGCAACCGUCUCCCAAGCAGCAAGAGGAAGUCGCUACCACCAAUCAAAGUACCUCCUCCGCCACGGAAGAAGGUUUCAGACGGUUCUACUCAGCUUUUGGCAGUGUCAUGUCCGCUAUCACACCUCCGCUGGCUUUCACAGCCCUCCCUCUAACGUUUUCCCCUGCAACCUUCGACCCCGAACCUCCGAUUAAGGAAGUUAAGCCUUCCCAAUCAAAGAGCAGGAACCACUCUCCCGAAGCCGUCCGCACCGUCAAAUCCUCAGAGCCCGACCUCGCCGCCCUCAUAAGCAAACCUGCUCUCCGCGCCCUCCGCGAAGACGGUAGCGCCCCUUUAGGCCCGAACGAAUCCUUCUACCUUGUCCCUACCUCCGGCGGCACCGUGUCCUACGCCAAUAUACUUCAAAACCCCAAUGCACCGCGCCACCCACAUCAUGCAGCCCAGGACCCACAUCUUGCGUCUAUUGAUGAAGCGGACAACGAGUCCAGUGGUCUCCGAGGCUCCUCGCACGAAGAAUUCGUCGACGCCCGCGAAACAGUAGGUCCGCCCUCGCCAACAGCGUCGCGUCGUCCUCGCUCGCGCGAACACACAGGCACAGGCGCGGGUGUGACCGCCAUGCGAACUAUACCCGCAGGCCGCGGCUCAGGUCUCAAGACAUUCGAGGAGAUCAGCCUCGAGAACGAAACGCUGAAAGCCACCGUCGAUAAGCAAUCCAAGCGCCUCUCCAUGUGGGAAACUACUUCGCAGUCUUCGUACAACGCCCUGGCGCAGUCCUUCCGCGCCCGCAAAUCACCAUCCGAUCCAACUGCACUCGCGCAAGCCCUCGCCAUGGGCGCCAAUGCCAUUCCGCACCCACUGCCAUCGCCAACAGCUACCCCCUCCGCACCGACGCAAUCAGAUCCGCAGCUUGCGAAACGCCUCGCCGAGCUGGAAGCGCAGGUUGCGGAGCGAAAUGCGAAGAUGGACGAGCUAACGAAGGAUAACGAUAAGCUAGAGCGGGAAAACAAGAAGAACGCCGAAGUUUUGGGGAGGUACAGGGAUCAGUGGGAGAAGUUGAAGGCUGGGGCGCGGAAGAGAGAUAUGGAGAAGAGGGCUGCGAAGACGAAGACGGCGAGUGAGGCAGCCAAGGAGGAUGAGAAGGUCGAGGAAGAGGAGGUGGUCGAGACGGAGGAGCCGGGCUUUGGGAAGGCAUAA